AGAGAGAGAGAGAGAGAGAGAGAGAGAGAGAGAGAGAACGGAGCAUGCUUUUGGCACCAUGCCCCUGAAGUAAGCAAAAGGAUGCUGUAUGCGUGUUGGUACAGGUAGACUUGCGGAAAGUUCAACAUCUCGUCCGCAUUGUGUGUUCGGUGCUGCUGCUGUUGUGUUUUGCUUUGUUUAGACUUGCUCUGGUGAUCUGCUUGGGCCCAGCCGGGAGAGUUUUCCGCCCAGGGGGGGGAUUUGGGAAAGCCUGUCGAUGCCAUUUACGACGUAGAUGGCAUGUUUCUGGCGAUCUCGGCGCGGGAUCUGUCGGCAAAGAAACCCAAGAGCAGCAGACCCCCGGCCAUUGUUGUGCGGCGAUCCUUGUUGAUCGAGCAGAGUUUGUUAUACUCGUCGGCCCCAAGCGACGAUGGUGCUGGGAAACUUACGGGAGGGUUGUGUCGUGCUGGUGAUGUAGGGGCCGACGGACGGUUGAUGGUGGUGGUGGUCGGGGUGGUGUGCCAUCCUAACACGCUAGGAAUAGCACGGCAAACGGCGUGCCGGAAGUGGUGUCGACGGAAUAGUUCCCGGGUCCUGGUGUUGGAGGUGUUGCAAUGCGGAUGGAAUCGGUUUUGCAUUCGUCAGCUACAACGGCCGGAGUCAUUUAGAACGGCUCAGAAGGCUUCUCUCCCUCUCUGUCUCUGUCUAUCCCCCUACACGCUCCCUCUCGCUCCCAAUGUCUCAACACGGAUGGAAACAUUUGCGUACCGGUAGAUUGAAGAGCAGGGGGGGCUUUGCUGCAGGCUAGGCCAGGCUAGCAGCAACAGGGCAGGCUUCAGGGCACCACAGAUGGGCCAGGCCCAGCCAGAACUGGCCGACCGGACAACGUACGGCGCAAUCUCUCGCUGGCGCUUUGGUGAUGCCCAGACUGCUUGUCCGUGGGGGUGAGAAGAGAAGGAG